UAUUCUCUCGCAGAAUAUUACACAAUCACUCGCAUUUGGAAGCAAAAGGGAACCGCAAUAUUAGCAGUAAUUUUUUCGGUGGUGAUCCGUGGACCGUGAUCUACUCUGGUGGUAUAAAAAUUUUAAAAGUUUUCUACGCCAAACCGUUAAAAGUUGGAAACCAAAAUGACCGACGUCAGCAAAUCGUCUGUCAAGCUCUCGGGUCUCAAGCCCCUCAACAAGGAAAACAUCCUGUACUACUAUAUCCCGCUGCAGAGUAUGGUUAGCUAUGCGGCCCUCUCGGUCAACGUCAUGAACCCAUCGAUCGCCAUCAGAUUAUUGCCGAAGCGGGACGUCACCAACUUCCUGCUGAUUCACACGGUCUUCGGCACCACACUGUACUUCUACAGCCGGCCACAUUUGGCCGCCAUCCCGAGCAAUCGCCGGGCAGCGUACAGCAUUUGCGGAUCGGUCCUGUUCAGCUUCGGGUCGGUGCUGGUUUGGGCCGUGCUCCGGAACGCCAUCCCUCGGAACCAGGGCCUGGCAACGGCACUUGGCCUUUCAUCGGGGCUGGUGAUGGCCAAGUUGACCUACGAUUAUCUGGAGAGCAACGACGAACAGUUGACCAAAAAGAACUAAGAGGUGCUUUUCCAUGUUUGAGUGUUGUAUUUAAAAGUACAUACCCGGAGCUCCGGUACGAUCCAGUGUCAUUUUCUAUUUUUCUAGGAUCAGCUUCUAAACGCUAGAGCAGUUCUGUGUCGUAUUCCAAGCGAACCAUCAUCUCGAGGUGAUCAAAAUUAGAUGUGACCUUUCGGUUAAUUUCCUUAUACACGCAUUCGUUAUUGCUUUAUUCGAGAAAAUUUUUUAAGUCCACUUUAGAAUUCAAUAAAUUAUGUUAAUCCCAGUGAA